UCCUAGAGUUUAUCCGCAGCCAAAUAAACAAACAAACACGUUUUUGAAAGUACACAAAGGCACAAACUCUGCUCGACCGGACGGAGAGAGGGGGACGCAGUUUUUUAAUACUUUCUCCAGGCUACUAUUUACCACUGGAAAGGGAUGGCUGCAAAUAACGGGGACUCUGAUGUCGACGGUGCUCUUGUCACCGAGGAGGAGAUCGAGCAGGCUCUGUGUGUGCUCGCUGGAAGCGACCCAGAAAACUGCUCUUAUUCCCAGGGUUAUGUGAAGAGACAAGCAGUUUUUGCCUGCAACACUUGCACUCCCAACGCUGCAGAGCCUGCUGGGGUUUGUCUGGCCUGCGCCAACAAAUGCCACGAUGGACAUGAUAUAUUUGAACUGUACACCAAAAGAAACUUUCGCUGUGAUUGUGGAAAUAGCAAGUUUCCUGACUUCCAGUGCCAGCUAAACCCUACCAAAGAUGAGGAAAACGUUAGCAAUCAGUAUAAUCACAACUUCAAUGGCUGCUAUUGCACAUGUGACCGCCCGUACCCAGACACAGAUGAACAGGAUGCCGAUGAGAUGAUUCAGUGUGUCAUCUGUGAGGACUGGUUUCACAGCAGGCACUUAGGUUGCACUGUGGUGGAGCCCGAGGACCUGCAAGAGAUGGUGUGCGAGGCCUGCAUGAACAAGGCGCCUUUCUUGUGGACGUACGCCGCUCACUUCGCAGAGCCGCCUGUGAUUAGCAUCGGUCACCCUGAGGAGGAGGACGUAGAGGUCAAUGUUGAGGAAGAGGACUGUGAGCCCUGUCCAAGGAGGGAGGAGGAGCCGUCCACCAGUCACGAUCACACAAAGCAGGAGGAAGUGUCUAACAGGAGUUCCCCGUGCAAGCGCACCCACGAGGAAAUGACCAGCAGCCCUGGAAAGGCCGCGACCAAAGCUGUGGAGUGCAAGCUGAAGGAGCUGCAGGGCCGGGGGCCGGAGACACAGCGGCGGGGAGCGGUGUUCUGGCCUUACAGCUGGCGCUCCGAGCUCUGCACCUGCACAAGCUGCAAGAGGGCCUAUGUGGCUGCAGAGGUGCAGUUCUUAAUGGAUCAGUCGGACACUGUUCUGGCUUAUGAGAAGAAGGGCUUGGAUGAACCGUUUGGGCAGCACCCGCUGAUGGCGCUGACCAGCUCAAUGGACCGCGUACAGCAGCUGGAGGUCAUUUACGGUUUCAACGAAAUGAAGACUUCGGUUGGUGCAUUUUUAAGCCAGUGUGCUUCUGAAGGAAAGACGGUCACGGUCGAAGCUGUACAUCAGUUCUUUGAAGAGCUGCGGGCCAGGAAAAGACGCAGAACUAAUGCGGGAUAUCAGUAAGGAGGAGUCCACGCUGCUACCAUCAUAUGCUGGGUUCAUAUGGUGCUUUGAAUGAAUGUGACCUUUUUCCUUUCUCUUAAAUAAAGUCUGUUUUUGCUGCAA